GAUAUGGUCCAAAGGCCAAGCAGAAUAACAAGAGAAGAUUCUUUCCUACUUGCCUUGGUCAGAAGAGAAUUCAAGUCACAGCCUUUCAGUUCCAGCCUGUUAGACAAACUUCAGAAAGAGCUGGAGACCCUGGACCCCAUCUCCUCUGGGUUUCUCCACCAGUCUCAGCUGAGCCGCCUCUUCCUGAGGCACCAAGUCCCUCUGCAGUUACCAACAGUCAAACUCCUUUGUCAAAGAUUUUCUAGAAAGAGUUCUCCUGAAAUGGUGAAUUAUGGAAAGCUUCUCUGGUUUUUAAAAGGUGCAACUUCAACUGGUUUACAGCAAAAUGAAACAGCUGUGGACAGCCACCUUAGGAAAACUCCAAGUUAUAGCGAGCAUAGACAAAGUGCCCCACCUCAAGGCUCCAGCUCACAGUCUCAAAGUCUGCUAGAUACUUUGAAGAUGGCAUUAAGAACAUCCAAAGUCAAACUCAACAUUGACAACCUCAACUUAAGCUUUCGAAAAGAAGAUCGUUCAUUCUCUGGCUGCCUCCCUCUGCCCAAGGUCGGAGCUAUAUGUGGGAAGCACGGAUUAUAUCUAACCUUGAGCCUGCUGGAAACACUGCUUAACCACCAAGAUUUAGGUUACCAAGGUGAAAUUAAGCUUCUAAUGUGGACUGAAGAUCAGUGACUCUCCAGGAAUCUCUAGGCCUUCGGUGCCAGACUGAGAUGACUAG